AGGGGCCGGCUACUGAGAGGUCGGGCCGGAGAUGCGACGGCGCGUCUCUUUUACCCACGCUCGGACUCGCAAAUGUCAUUAUUGUAGGUGUUGACGAGCGAGCAAUGCGCGCUGCGUGGUUUAAUUCGACGAAUUAAUAUCGCAUUUAGGAAUGCAACGACCUUAUUAAACGCCCACAAAUUAGCAGCUUUGCCUUUUGGCACUUUGAUCCGGGCUUGACGUGUUUGACACUGACUCUUUUUUGGCGUCCGUCAUGACUUUUCAAAGGAGCGCGAAGUGUUCGUCGACGACGUCGGCCUUCUUCGUGCUAACUGUUUUUCUGUGCGCUUUGGCGACGUCCUGCCUCUGUGACGGCGAGACGGACUCGGAUCUCACGACGGCAGCUACGGUGCAGCCGAACGUGAGUUACGUGGCCAAGCUCAGGGAGUUCAUCGGCAAUGCCAUGGACGGGGCCUCCCCUCGACUCGCGCGCAAGGUGCUCGAGGCGGAUUUAUCGGUCGACUGCAGCAUCGGUCUUUUCAAGUUGGUGCGUGGCAUCCGGAACCUAGACCCGUGGGCGAUGCGAUUGUUCGACGCGUCUGGAAAGUACCCGACGGGGGCCCUCUCGACGACGCGAGUCGACUUGGGGGCUUUCGACGAGUGCGUCGAGACCGUGGUGCACGACGACUACGGUCGCGAAACGGCGCGCGCGCAGUACUGCAACCUAAUGGCCUACGCCGGAAACAAGACGGACCUCGACGACCACAUUACCGAAGCCGUAAAGUUCUCGCACCCGCGGGUACCUAAAUUUCGAGAGCACGUUUAUGAGCAGAGGGUCCCGAUACUACGAUUAGGAAUCUGCGUGCUCGACGCCUGCAGCGAGAGAGAACUGAACUCUCUGUUAAAAGCAGUGCUUCCUCGUAUUGUAGACGUCACCAUCACAAACUGCGUCACAUCGAUACCUCCUGAGAUUACGAAGACACAACGUAUCAUACUAGCAUGUCUCGGCGCUCUCACCCUGCUGAUCGCGCUUGGAACAGCAGUGGAUCUGUGUUGCUCCAGCAGCAAGGAGAAAGGCGCAGCCAAGAAUAUACUACUUUCAGUUGUGACGUCAUUUUCUGUGGUGUCCAAUACCCGAAUGAUGCUCAACAUACCGACAGACAAGACCUCCGACUCCUACAGCAUGAAAUUUCUGCACGGCAUUCGUUUCUGGAGCAUUGUCUGGGUGCUUGUUGGACACAGCUAUGGGGCCCCUUCGGAUGUCUGGUCCCGCAUGGUGAACGUCAUAAUAUACGCCGAGAAGUGGCAAAAUGUAAUCACAACAGUUGGGUUCAUGAGCGUCGACUGCUUCUUCUUCCUGAGCGGAUUUCUCCUCGCCUAUGUCGUGUGCAAGCAAAAGAGGACGGGAAUCGUCUUGUUCCUGUUUGCUACGAUCAGAAGGCUAAUCAGAACCAUGGCUCCGGUCUUCUUUCUCAUCAUGGUCCUGCACCUUAUGCCACUCAUUACGUCCGGACCGGAUGCAAAGAGCUACUUCGACAAGGUGCACACCGAAUUCCAGAGGCAGUGGCUGCUUAUACUGCUGCAAGUGCAGAACUACGACUUCGACGUCAAUGCCAACUCGAUGACCCUAGGAUCAACCGCUAGCAGCGGACCGGUGACUGACAGCGCCACAACGAUGGGUGACCAUCAACCUGUGUUUGGUCAUCUAUGGUACCUGUCCCUGGACUUCCAAUUCUUUCUCGUGAGCUUGCCAGUGCUCCUACUAUUGAAGAGUCGCCCAAGGCUUGCCGUGGCUGCCUUUGGUCUGCUGUCCCUCAUAUCCUGUUCCGUGGCAACGUGGCAGGUGGCCGGGAAUGAAAUGACACCAUUCAUCCUACCAGUGACCGAGUCACUAACAACUUUCUUGAAGACGGGCUUCCACUACUACUUCUACCCGUUCUACCACGCUGUGUGCUACUUCGCAGGCUGCAUGACGUUUUUCUUCGUCGCAGAGCUCAGGCAAAAAAAGAUGUCUAAGGUUUUCCAGACUGCAGCCUGGUGCGUCGCCAUCGCCUGCGGCUUGUGCUGCAUCUUCAUGAAGGUGCCUUGGUACCAGGCUAAGGACCCUACGACUGAGGCCGGAAAGUUAUCCAUAGCGUUCUUCGACCGAAUACUGUGGUCCUUAUGCUGGUCUUGGAUCACCUUCGCGUGCGCCACCGGGAGAGGAGGUUUUUUUAACACGUUCCUUUCGUGGAGUGCCUUCACACCCCUCAGCAGGCUGACCUUCGGCGUGUACAUCAUCCACCUGCCCUUCCUACAACUCUCACUGCACAUUGCUCGGGAGCGGUUGUUCUUUUCGCAUUUCUUUGUGGUGUCCUUCUUCUUCACGAUACUAGUUUGGAGCUACCUGCUAAGUUACCUGCUGUUUAUAUUUUGCGAGGCGCCGACAGGCAAGCUGGACAAGCUCAUCUUCGAGCCUCGACGGAAGCAGGCGGAUAAGGAAGAAGGAAAUGAGCUGCCGAAAACCACCGGAGCCCAGCACAAACUGCCGUGCGCCAUCACAAGUCUCACAGACACCAAGUUUGCCCUGCCAGUACUAGAUAACAAUAGCAAGGAAGUAUUUAAUGAAUUUCAUUAUAAAAAUGGCAAUGUGAGUUGUCAGCUAUAGCUGUAUCUAUAGUUAGUGGCAUGGUUAUUGUGGUGUCAGGCAAGGGGUGCAGAUUUAACGAUAUAAGGCAAAAGAAAGAUUCACGAUAAGGUGAGUGAAUAGAACCUUAAUGCAAGAUAAAAGCAUUUUACGUAUGAAGGCAAGAAUGAGCCGAACUUCAUAUUAUCUUUUGUUUCUUAUGAGUAAGAUAUCAACUAAAUGUGCCAUACAGAAACACUAAUGAAAGAUUCUUAGUAAUACCUCCAUCACAGACUAAGCACAAUAGCAUUACCUUUCAGAAGGCUUCUACAUUGUGCGUAGUGGGAGAAUAAUGAAAUUGCAUUCAAUAAAUUUCUAAAAAAACUACUUAUGUCCUUGGUAUGACCCGAUUGACAUUAAUUUUCAAGUGUCAUCUUUCAUAGAGGAACUGCUGAACACACGUUGUGUGGUACUCUAAAUGUUUUUCCAUCGACAAAAUGCUACUUUCCGAAUAUAGUUCCAUGCAGUCCUGCGAAAUAGUACCUUAUACUCGAGAACAGCUUUCUGUGGCAAUGAAAGGAGAACUACAGGGGCAGAGCUUCUGCAGAUGUGUUACUGCGCCAAGUACUCCGGCAUUGUUUCACAGCUCUUUCCGUUUCUUGAAACAGAUACUGGCGAAUCAGCGUAGGUUCAACGUGCGACGGUUUCGCAUUUGCGCAAAUGUUAAAAAGAAAAACCGAAAAAUAAGUGAAACUUAACAUUCACUUGUGUAUUUUGUCUUGUUUUGCUUUCGUAAAUAAAGUAUUUGUUUUCUCUUCGCCAGCUUAAACUAAAGUGGAUGAGACUGUUGGACCUUUUUUAAGGUGUGGUACGCACUUUGUCUCCGUAGUUUUGCCUUCAUUGCCGCAGAACGUGGUCCGCGAGUAUAUUAUACAUAAAUUUUUAACAUUUCCUUCAAGAAUAUUGGCUUUACUAAAGUCGUCUCGUACAUUGGUAUAGAAGGGAAUGCGGGUGUCGAGGCAGGCUUCUUGGUAAGCAUCAACAAAGCACAUUUUCUUCACAAUAUGUACUUCUGUUUGUAGAAGCUGCAUCAUUCUCUGUUAAACACAAACAAUCCAACAUAUAUAUCAAAAGAACUCUUGCCUGUAUAUUUAUAUGCAUAUUUUCAUGAUAGCCUCAUAAAUACUUAUUCAUGCAUGCAACUCUGGAGAUAAAAAGAUAAAUAGAUUCUGCUUCGAAGCUCUUUCUUCUUCAUCAGUCUUGUGAAUGACAUCUUUCUUCUGAAUUUCUGUAUGAGGUCAAUGACAGGCCUCUUUUAUUCAUCACUGCGUUAUAUUUAACGCAAAAGCAGUAAAUAAAACUGAACUUUCUUC